AUGGAAGAAAAGGAGCUGCUGGUAAGGGAAGAGCAAGAGCGGGUUACAUAUAAAGAGGAGGAUAAUGCUGCAAUGGAAGAAGAGACACCCGCAACUGAGGGAAAGGAAAGGCUUGUGAAGAAUAUUACUAAACAAUGGGAAGAGAGACUUGGGCAAAAAAUGCCUAAGGAGAAAACACAAGACCAGAGGAGACCCAAGAUAGUGGGAAAGGGGGUACAAAGAGGUAUAGGUGCAGCGAAAAGGAACUGGCCACUUACUCAGUUCGAACUUGAGACUCUUAGAGACGCUGAGCCUCAAGAACUUAUACAGGGUCCAUCACACCAGACUGCGGUGGAGAACGAACGUCGAACUAUGGCAGACCAAGAAGAGGUCGAAAAUCCCAUCCACAAUGCGCAGCCUAGCGCGGAUUAUUCAGCAACUGAUAAUAGUAACUCAACACCUGCCUCAGGUAAGAUACCAGAGCAUGUCACUAACUCCGAAGAACUGAUUAAAGCUGUUGAGCUACAGGCUACAAGACCAUCAAGAGACCAAAAACCAGACCCUGCUAUGGUUUGGAUAAAAUUUAAGAUCUGUGAUCGUAGUAGUUGGAGAGUUGUACAAGAUCUUGAAGUUGAUCCCUCCGACCCAUCAGAGGUAAAGCGAAUAGCAAUGAAGUACUAUGUUACUGCAGAUGGCACGAACAAUAUACUUUUGAUUCCAGAACGGGACAUCGACACCGACAAUCUUCCAAGUUCCGUGCCUGAGAAAGGCUUUGAUUUACAGACGAAUUCAGAAGCUGACCCAUCUACUCCAGAGAAUACUGAAGAGGAUGGUGAGGAGACUGUUCGUAAAGGAGUCGCCAGGCGCGACUCAAGCUGCUCAAAUACUCAUGGCAAUUUUGUGGCCCCGGCGGACACUUGCCUUCAAGAUUACUACGCCAAUGCUGCACCUCCUUUUCGCGUUUGCGCAGUUGUGGGGAGUUGGUGUUUCUACAAAAUGUACAAGAAACAAGAACGGCUCAUAGCGAUGAAGGAAGAGAGACUGGAGGAUCUGGAGCCGGCGGCGAAGGUUGUGGAAGAGACAAAGGACGGACGAUUGGCCAUUGGCGAGAGAAAAAAACUCUCGAGAGGCGGAUCAGAAAUCGAGCCGGCUAAGCACCCGAGGAUAUCAUAA